UGAAUGAGAUUUGUCGGCGGGCUAUGUGAGAGGAGAGAGAAAGCAAAGAGUGUGUUGUACUGUAGUGAAAGAGAACAAAGUGAGAUAAGGAGAGCUCAGUGGCGCCCUAACCUCGCCCAUCACCCACCACAUGAUGGAGGACCCAACGCUUUCCCCAUAGGGGGAGGAAGGAAACAGGAGAAAGAAGAAGAAGAGUUGCGGAUACGCUGCUUUCUUUUGACGCCUUCGGUUUGGCAUUUCAUGGCCGAUGCCCAGGGCUGCUUCAGUGAGGAAGAGGAUGUGGAUCAGUUCUUCGACUCCAGAGAAGAGUUAUCAUCACUGUUCGAUUCAUGUCAUGAGGAGAAUUCUAACAAUUUGUUCAACAGAGAUCCUCUUUAUGAGGUUUGGAUUAGGAGUCCAAGUAGCAUUCAACACCGUCGAACGAUGUUCAUGAAGUGGAUGGGUUUGGGUCAAGUUGCAAGAGCGCGGCCCGAUUCCGUUGAUGUAGAUAAUGAGAUAAUGGUGGACGAGUCAGUUACAGUGGACCUUGAUAGGUUAUCCAUGGACUGUGGUGUUGUGCUAAGGGGUUCAGAAUCAGAGAAUGGCUCUCUAGCCUUUCCCUGUUUUGAUGAGGUUCGAAGCACUUCUGAAGAUAGCUCUUCUGAUGUGCAUUUUGCAUAUGGAAUCAAGAAGAUACAUGAUGGUAGGGUGUUUUCUGCAGGUGAAGUCGGCCAGAAAGGCACUGUAGGAAAUCUUCUGGAGUUUGGCUCAAAUCAAAUGGCGACACUUGAUAAAUUUGAGAGAAGACUUGGCCCAUCUACUUUGAGCAGUAAUUGUGAGAAAACAGCUAGGAGGAGAAGGAUUGGGUGGUUGAGGAGAUUGCGAUCUUUUGCUUGCAUUGCAGAUAAGCAAUCCUAUGAUGCUGAUUCAAACAUCUCUGAUUAUGAUCAGGGUUGGGAUAACAGAUUUCGAAGAGUUCGGGUAAGAUCAUAUAGAAAGCAAACCAAAGAGCUAUCUGCAGUUUUCAUGGGACAGAAUUUUGUGGCCCAUCAUGGUGCCAUUCUGACCAUGAAAUUUAGCCCUGAUGGAGAGUACCUUGCAAGUGGGGGUGAAGAUGGAGUUGUCAGAGUAUGGAAGGUGAUGGAAUGCCAAAGUAGCAAUGCAAAUGACAUUCCUUUUGAUGAACCUUCUUGUAUUUAUUUUAGCAUGAAUGAUAAUUCGGACCUUUCACCUAUCCAUAUUAGUAAGAAAAAAAGUAUCAACUCUAAGAGUAUGCGAAGGACAACAGAUCUGGCUUGUGUUGUCAUUCCUCGAGAGACCUUCCAAAUAUCUGAGAAACCAUUAUAUGAGUUCCAUGGCCAUAAUGGCGAGGUAUUAGAUCUGGCAUGGUCUAAGGGUUUGGAUUUACUAUCAUCAUCUGUUGAUGAAACUGUUCGUUUAUGGAAAUUGGGGUGCGAUGGAUGUCUCAAAGUCUUCCCUCACAAUAACUAUGUGACUACAAUUCAAUUUGAUCCGUCCGACGACAGAUAUUUCAUUAGCGGUUCUAUAGACGGGAAAGCUCGCAUCUGGGAAAUCUCAACAUGUCGAGUUGUGGAUUGGACUGAUGCUAGACAAAUAAUAACCGCAGUUUGUUAUCGCCCUGAUGGCAAGGUAGUAGUUGUUGGCUCCAUGAUGGGUGAUUGCCGCUUUUAUAAUGCAUCAGACAAUCAUCUUCAGUUGGAUGCUGAGGUUACUUUUCAGGGCAGGACAAAAUCAAAAGAGAAGAGGAUAACUGGCCUUCAGUUUUGUCCCAACAACCAUCUCAGGCUAAUGGUUACUUCUGCUGAUUCAACGGUGCGAAUCAUUGAUGGCUUUGAUGUGGUCUCUAAAUUCAAAGGCCUUCGCAAUGCAAGAAGCCAGAUAUCGGCCAUGUUCACGCCUGAUGGGCAGCAUAUUGUAUCUGCGAGUGAAGACUCGAAUGUAUGCGUAUGGAACCACUCAAACCAGGAUCACAUCCCCUCAUCCAAGCACGUGAGAAGCUCUUGGUCCUCCGAGCGUUUUACCUCUGACUAUGUCUUGGUCGCCGUACCGUGGCAGGGUUUCUCAUCAAAAAACCUACAGUUGUGCAACAAUGCAGAACCUGUCUCUGCACUGGAAUGCAGCAUUGAUAUUACAGAAAGAAACUUCACAUUCUUUGCCAACUCUCUAGGGAACAGUUUCAACCUUUGGCCUCAGUUCCUUUCAGAGAUCACUCCCAAGGGUUCUGCAACCUGGCCUGAAGAGCAGCUCCCAUCUUCCAUGCCCAACUCCUCCAAUCACAGUAAAUCCCAGCUCAAGUUUCUGAAAACUUGCUGGCAAAGCAGCAGCUCUCAUUCCUGGGGCCGAGUAAUAGUGACCGCCGGAUGCGAUGGGAGGAUCAGAUCGUUCCAGAACUUCGGAUUGCCGGUUCGCAUGUAAUUAUUCGAGGUCUUGUAGAUAUAAUUCCUCUGUAAAGAACAUAACUUGUCCUCAGUUGAUUUCUCAUUGGUCAGAGGAUCAAAGUUAGCUGCUUUGAAGAAGAGGAUACUGAAGCUGGCCAGAUGCUGAAAUGUUUUGUUGUUUGUUCUGUUCAGUUUUCUGGGAAGCUUUCUGUUCUGUAAUGGUCUCUUCUUUCUGUUCUGAAUGACCUGACCCUCAUGGGUAUGUUGGUCUGCUCAUCUUGCUGCCAUGACAAGAAUCUGCGGAUGCAAAAUUGGGUGGAUCUGUAUUGUUUGUAUGCCUUUUUUAGAUUUGAUUAUAUAUAAAUAAUUUAUUCUUUGAUCUGUUCAUAAAUUGAUUUUUUUUUGGCCUGUUUGAUUGUGUUCAUUAAUGAUGGAUAUUGUUGUUGAAU